CUCCCCGGGUUACCGCAAUCCUCUCUUUCGCUUCUUACGUGCCCCGACGGCGGCUCAGGUUGCGUGCUUGGCCUAGGGUUUGCUUCGCCAUCCUCCGCCCGCUUCCGCAUCGCGUCCUCGGCGAGAGCCAGUCGAUCGAUCGAGGAGCCCAGGGCUUGCCUCGCCGUCAUCUUCCCGAUCCCGCGUCGCGUCCUCGGUGGGGGGAGGCCAGGCGGUCGGUCGAGGCGACGGCGGCGAUGGCGCACAAGAUCCCCCUGGAGGUGGCGCACACGCUCGUGGAGAUCGCGGAGGUGGCGCGCUACGCCAUCGAGCACCGCCGUGGCCACGGCCCGGCGCACGACGGCGUCCUGCCCCCGCCUGUGGAUGGGGAGGAGGCCGAGCGGCUGCGUGCGGAGAACGCUAUCCUCCGCGCUCGCCUCGCCGACGACCUCUCCCUCCUCCGCGAGCUCCAAGGCGAGCCCUGUGUCUCCCAGGAGUGCCCUGCCGAUCUGCAUAAUCGUCUUGUAGCAGCAGUUAACAAUGCUAGCUUCCUGGCUCAGCUUGAGAUAGUUCGAGAUGAGUCAAUGCAUCAACAAACAGAGCUAUCUCCUGGUAACAUGACAGAAUUGGAUGUUGGAGAUAUUCCAUACGCUGAAGGUGGUGGGAAGAAUGGGUCUUGGGUCUUGGUUGCUUGUGAUAAUCCUGGGACAAAUAUGGAGGAAAUCAGUGGAAUUGAUAAUGAAAAUUAUGUACUUGUUCAUGAUGAUGACGUUAUUGAGAGUAUGGCCACCUUUAUUGCUAGGUGCAUCCUUGAAGAUCCAAAGUCUAAGUCAAUAUCACCAGUGGAGCUGCAAAAAGCUGUUGCAAUGACAUUGAGCAACCUGAAUGAUAAGUGGAAAUGGACAAGUAUCUGGGAGGCUGGAAAAGUGAUUUACAUAUUGGCAACCUGGGGAAUCACAAUAGUAGGGUUGUACAGGAGUCGCCACGUGCUGAAAAUUGCAGCCAAGGGAGCUAUUGUGUCCGCCAAAUUCGUCAUGAAGGCACUGUGAAGUGUGAAAGCAGUGGCAUCAUGGCCAUGCGCGAUGGUCGGCAAUUUGUACAUAAAACUCUCCCUGUAAAUUGUACGUAAAUUGUGAAUUAUGGUUUGUUCUAAAACUGCCGAUUGUUCAGAAACUUCAUAACUCAUUAAUGUGUUAUGUUGGUUUCAUUCUAUGAAAUGCACAUCCAUAUUCUAUAACUUGUAAAGUGUAUCAUCUAGACUCCAAAUUACUGCAAUCCCUAUAGAAGAACAUAAUAAAUUCAUGUGCUGGCA